AGCGAAUCCACUCAGGUUAAUAAAGAACAACUGUCGAUAAAAGAGGAAACCACGCUCUGCAGACACACAGACACAAAGAAGAAUAAAUGAUGCCAGCAGGAGACUUGACGCUUUCAUGAUAAGAAACAAAAGUUUUUUUUCUAACUUCUAGAACAAAGACACAUGAGAACAUCUGCUAACUGUUUCGACAUGAAAUGGAACUGCUAAAGCUGACUCUCAUAAUUCAAGCUGUGGUUCUCUCUCAAGCAUUUCAAAAUAACUCAUACUACCCUCAAAACAACACAUCCGAAGCGACAGCUAACCAUACAGACACUGCCAACGAAACUGAGCACCUCAUCUCUAUAUUUAAAUUAUCAAAGACAUGCUCUGGGACUCUAGAGGUUCUUCACAAUGGGACUUGGAUUCCAGUAAUACUUACUCCAGGAUCCAGUAAUGAACCUGCAAACAGAAUCUGUAAAAAACUGGGAUGCGGAAAAUACUUUCACCGGGAUGAUAAUUCAUCACAAUACACUGAUGGAGAAAACAGAGAAGUCCAGAACACCUCAUACCAGAUGGAAUGUAUCUUUGAGAGCCUGGAUGUUCUGAAAUGCAAACAUGUUUGGGAAAGAAAUUUUACAAAUGUGACAGAGAUCUUUUGUGGACACCAGGCCGUGCGAUUGGCGGGAGGCUCCGAGCGCUGUGCUGGGAGAGUAGAGGUGUGGGAGGCGGGACAGUGGGGAACAGUGUGCGAUGACGAGUGGGACAUCCAAGAUGGGCAUGUGGUGUGCGCCCAGCUGGGCUGCGGAUUCGCUGUGGAGGUGACACACAAUGCCACUCCCUUCGGAAAGGGGCUGGGACCAGUGUUACUGGACGACGUCAACUGCACCGGCACGGAGCCCAAUCUAUGGAGGUGUCCUUCACAAAAGCUCAGUGGGGACUGUGGGCACAAAGAAGAUGCUGGAGUUGUGUGCUCAGAGCACAAGGCCGUGCGGUUGACCGGUGGGUUAGACCGCUGUUCCGGGCGAGUGGAGAUCCACCGGAAUGGGAGCUGGGGAACAGUGUGUGACAAUGGGUGGGACAAGCAGGAAUCAGGCAUGGUCUGUGCCCUGCUAGGCUGUGGCCCCCCUCAGGAGUACAUAAUUCAUCCACCCUUUACACACGAGAGUGCCUUAAAGUUUUUUUACUACUGCAAAAAAAAACACAUCGAACUGUGGGACUGCACGGAGCUCAUCAAUCACGUAUAUGCCUGCACAGACUCCAAUGCUGCAGGGCUCAUUUGUCAAGGAUCACUUGGUUUCCCAAAUAUUACAACACCGGCACCUACCAACAAUUAUACAACAGGGCCUGUGACCACAGCAAGUAAUGAAGUUGAAAGCACAGGUUUCGUUCUGUCCUUUCCUCUGCUGGGCUGUUUUUUGCUGUUGUUCCUUCUGAUCCUGGCCUUAAUAGUAAUUGCAUUGCUCUUCGGAAGAUACCGGAAAAAAGAGGUGAUGCCUGUCCAGCUGAACAGUACUGGCCGCCACAUUACCUCAGAAAGACAGGACAAUGAUUACGACGAGUCUGUGGACCUCAUCAAAGUGACAGCAAACAACCCAGAUGGCCACGUGAAUCCUGAACUUCAAACAGCCCCGAGCAAUGAUGACACUUCCUCAUUUGACUCCGAUUACGAGCAUUAUGACUUCAGCGCAGAGCCUGCUGCCGCCAUGUCCACCUUUCAAAAUUCUUUGCGGAACAGAACGGAAAACAGGAGCCCUAUGUUUAAUUCCAUACCACUGUGCAGUCUGGCCGAAGAAGAAACUCCAAACACUCUCCAGGUACCAACAUGUACAAAUCCCAACAUAAAUGAAGACACUUCAAGCACUUCUUCUGGAGAAAGCAAUUUCUAUAAUAAUUCUGAGAAACAAAAAACAUUGAGCCUACCAGUUGCAGAAGACUCCUUCGAUUCCUCCAGCACCUCGUCAGGAGAAUGCUAUGAAAACACAGACCAGAACGCUGACCAGCUGCCAGCACCAGACAUUGCAGGUCCUUUAUGGUCAGAGGACACCAGUACACUGCUGGAGCCCUGCUCCUACCUGACUCCAGGUGACUGCCUGAUGACCCCUGUGACAAAUGACCCUGAGUACUACAGCUGUCCUCCACCAGGCCCCACAGCCAGCGCUGAUCCAGGAGACUCUGCUGAUUCUUCUAGCACGUCUUCAGGAGAAUGUUACGAGAACACAGCCAUUAAUAAUGACCAGGCUUUGCCUGUCAUGAUUCAUGAUUCUGGAGAGUCCUCAACUGAUGAUGACUAUGAUGACAUCGCAAACUACCACACCUAAAUGUUCAGCUUGAGGCUGGCUGCCCUACCUCACACUCUGCUUGAGGGGACAAAGCCAAGAUCAUUUUUAGCUGCACGGGUAUUUCAAAUCUUACAGGUUGUGUUGUAUAUAUAUAUAAAAAAAGACCUUUUAUUUUUAUCAGCAUCUGUUGUCUUCAACGUUCCUACUACCGACAGAAGUAAAGGAAAAAUGUUUACUCACACGGUGACCUGAGAAGUUGCUCUCUGUCAGCUCCUAUUCUUUCUCAACGUGGCACAAUAGCAGUGUUUCCUCCAUCCAUUUUCUAAAUGCUUCUUCCAAUUUGGGGUAGCGGGGGAGCCAGUAGCUAUCCCAGCAAGCAGCAAGCACAAGGCAGGUACACCCUGAACAGGACACCAGACCAUUGCAGGGCAAACAC